AAAAGCAACCCGGCCCUGCUCCUCGCCGACAUUCCGGCCCUGCUCCUCGCCGACAUUCCGGCCCUGCUCCUCUUUCUCGCUUUCAGACCGCCUCCCCUGGCCCGGCUGGGCUCGGCCACCUGACACAUCUGCACGGACGCCGCCGCCGACCGACUCCUUUGCACUCGUCUUGAUUCAUUUGUUUUGAUUGAACAAACAAAGCAAGAUGGCUUUGACUCGAACCGUUUUACCUUCAUUCUCCACUUUUUCCACGCAGAAGGAAGAAGUCUGGAGGAGAGCUCCAAAGGACGAUGACGACCUGGACACCUUCCUGGACUUGGACUUUAUCCUGGCCUACAGCGCCAUGAGUGCAGACUCCAUGACAGCCUGCGAGCGGACUCUGGAUGGCAGGGCUCUUGGGUACCAGCAGCAAGACGACACGUCCCUGCCGGACGUGGACGCCCCCUCUCAGCCAGCUCAGCCUCCGCCAGCAUACAGCAGCAGCAGCAGCCUGAUGGGCGAGCUGCUGCGGUACGACUCGGACGUGGACGGCCUCCGGUCGGGAAGCAUCCAGGGCGGCUUCCUGGUCGGCGCGUCGGCUUUCCACGGCUCUGGAGCUCGCUUCACAGACUCCUAUGCGGCGCAUCCGUGGAUUAAGCCGGAGCCCGACUCCUACGGGCCCUCGAUCGGCGACGUGCCGCGGGCCUCGGGCGAGGUGAAGCGGGAGGCCGGCGUGACGUCGUGCGGCGGCUCCCACCCGCAGCCCCGUCCGGCGAGCUCGCCUCCCGGAGUCGCCGGAAACCUGACGCCGCCCCUCAGCCCCGACGAGAUCGCCGCCUUCCCGCAGAGCUUGGACGAGCGGCAAUUCCACUUUCACUUUUCCUCCGGAGCGCAUCUCCGCUUUCCGGCCUCGUACGGGCAGAUGACGCCGCCGUCGUCGCCGUUGGACUUGAUGGAUAGCAAGGCCAGGAGAGGGCGGCGCGCCUGGCCCCGCAAGCGCACCGCCAGCCACACCUGCACCUACGGCGGAUGCGGCAAGACCUACACCAAGAGCUCGCACCUCAAGGCGCACCUCAGGACGCAUACGGGAGAGAAGCCCUACCACUGCACAUGGCAGGGAUGCGGCUGGAAAUUUGCUCGCUCCGACGAGCUGACGCGCCACUUCCGUAAACACACCGGUCACAGGCCCUUCCAGUGCCAUUUGUGUGAGCGCGCCUUCUCGCGCUCUGACCACCUGGCGCUGCACAUGAAAAGACACAUGUGAUGUGCGUGUGCUGCGCAGAGUUGGUGUUUUUUGAAUUUAAGAGCGCAUCAAGUGUAACAGGUGACAAGUCAGCAGCACAGGGAGCUAGCUGCUAAUGCUCCUCCAUCACGUCAGACAAGUGUGUACAGGCGCGGCGGAUACAAAGAUGAUAAGACAACUGCAAGACGUUUUCGUGCAGAAUGAAGGAGCCCUGCGUGGACAGGACACGUAAGAAAAAAGACUUCAAGGAGACGAGGACAAGAGCAUGACAACGUUUUGUUGCAAAACUGCUUUUCACGCAACGUGACGGCGUCCCCUCGUAGACAGAACCAAACUUGGCUGUAUAUACAAAGAAUGUGUCAAAAGUCAUAUUUUGUGUAUCAUUAAAACAAUCAGAGAACAAA